AUAGAGGAUGUCUACAAUAUGCACAGAGCUCGAUUAUCGUAUAAAAACAUUUUUAUCCUUUUCGACGUCGUGCAUGCUGUGGCAUCUCAUGCUCGCAAUAUAAAUAGCAAUGGAGUGCUACGUCAAAAGCUCAAAGAACUCGGGUCCGUGAUGCAAAUGGACGAUCCUCCUCUACUUCGCCUUGAGACUGAGUCUUACAUGAAUUGCCUCAAAUUUCUGCAGAAUCUUGCACUUGAUAGACCACUUAGUUAUGAGGAGUCAGAAGUGGAGUCUUAUCUUGUCAACCUCUGCCAAGAGGUCUUGCAGUUCUACAUUGUAGUUGCCUGCUCGGGACAUCUUCCCGGCUCAUCUCUCGACAGGCAACCACAGUGGACGAUACCACCAGGAUCUGGAAGACGAACAGAACUGGCUGCACGAGCACCUCUUAUCGUUGCUGUUCUAAAGGCUAUAGGUACCUUAGGAGAUUCGUCAUUCCAUAAGAACUUGUCUUGCUUCUUUCCAUUGCUUUCGAGCUUGAUAGGUUGUGAACACUUUUCAAAUGAGGUCCAACUCGUGCUGAGUGAUGUACUCCACUCAUCAGUGGGUCCAAUUCUCCUACGUUCGUGUUGACCUCUGGCCCACACCUUUUUUUCAGUUGUAUGAUAAAUUUUUUUCUU